UACUCGCCUUUUAAUAAUUCCAAGUUUCAGGUAAAAGCUUGUGUUUUUUUUUGGUGACGACUGACGGCCCAUCGAAAACGUGAACAGGGUAACCGAACAGAAAUAUAUAGACGAAGUAAGGCUACAAUUACGAUUGGGAAUGACUGGAAAGAGACUUAUGAUUAAUAAGGAUCUACUACUAACACAGCGAGAUUGAAAAACAGAAUGCUGCAACGUGACUGUCAGUAUUAUGUAUGAGAUGACAGACUUAUUGAAAGCAGAACCUAACAUGGACAGUGAUGACAGCAGAGAUGGCGGCCGUUAUGACCAGGGCACAACAAGUCCCCUGGUCAAGCACCCCGAUACUGAACCCAAACUUACUACAUUCACCAAAGCGUUGGUCACCUUUGCAGCUAUUGGGGGUUUUCUCUUUGGAUAUGACACUGGAGUUGUCUCCGGGGCGAUGAUCCUCAUCAAAGAUGAAUUCAACUUAACAACCGUCUGGGAGGAAGUUGUGGUGAGUGUGACUAUUGGUGCAGCAGCAGUGUCGGCGCUUGCUGGGGGUACAUUAAACGAUGUCACAGGCAGGAGACCUAUGAUUAUUCUAGCUAGUAUACUAUUCAUGGCUGGCGCAAUCAUCAUGUGUUUCUCACCUAGUAAGGAAGUGCUCGUCAUUGGCAGACUUGUCGUGGGUCUUGGCGUAGGACUUGCAUCUAUGACCGUGCCGAUGUACAUUGCUGAAGCAUCACCCACUCAUCUUAGAGGUAGGCUGGUUACGGUCAAUCAGGUCUUUAUAACUGGAGGUCAAGUCAUUGCUAGUGUGAUUGAUGGAGCUCUGUCUUAUUGGCCAUGGGGAUGGAGGUUGAUGCUAGGAUUAGGAGCAGUACCAGCUGCUAUACAGCUAGUUGGCUUCAUCUUUCUACCUGAGAGCCCUCGAUGGCUCAUUCUGCACCAUCAUCACGAGAAGGCAAGGAGGGUCCUGACACUGGUAUACGGCAAGGGUAGCCCCUACAUCGACAGCGAGUAUGAGAAUAUUAGCAGAAGCGCAGCACAACAAGAUAAAGGAAAGCAAUGGGUGAUUCUAAGGAUUUUAAGGACCCCGGCCGUUCUUCGAGCCGUUAUUGUUGGCUGUGGUCUUCAGAUGUUUCAACAGUUAGUGGGAAUAAAUACAGUCAUGUACUAUAGUGCAACUAUUAUCCGUAUGUCUGGAGUACAAGAUAACUCCACAGUCAUCUGGCUUGCAGCGGUGGUAGCGUUUUGCAACUUCCUCUUCUCGCUGGUUGGUCUUUAUUUGGUAGAGAAGGUGGGAAGACGCAUUCUUACUCUUGGAAGUCUCUUAGGUGUUGCAUUCAGUCUGUCAUUCCUCGGUGUUGGAUUCCUGUUAAUGUCCAUCAACUCUCCUGUUGUUACUCAAACAUACCCACAAGCUGGUGUCUGUAACGCAUACCAUGACUGUCAGCAGUGUAUCUUGGAAGACCAGUGCGGAUUCUGUUUUGAGCUGGACCAGAAUAAAGUGGUCAACAACAGUUCUUGUCUACCUGUGAAUAACACCAACUUAAACUAUGCUACAGUUGGUCCUUGCUCUGUGAGGGAGAAAGGACCCAAAGCCCCUGAAUGGGCUAUGGAGUAUUGCCCAACGUCAUUCGGUCCCAUGGCUAUGGUUGGACUUGUUAUUUAUCUGAUUUCGUUCUCUCCUGGUAUGGGUCCAAUGCCAUGGACAGUGAAUUCAGAGAUCUAUCCCCAUUGGGCUCGAAGUACAGGUAACUCAUUGUCCGCAAUGACCAACUGGCUCUUCAAUCUUCUCAUCUCAAUGACGUUCUUAACUCUGACUGAGCAAAUCACCAGACAAGGAACGUUUUUUAUGUACAGUGGUAUCGCAGUAGUGGGUCUAGUGCUGAUCUACUGGCUACUACCUGAGACCAAAGGACGACCCUUGGAAGAAGUGAUUGACGUCUUUAAGAAGCCUUGGUGUUGUGCAGGCCAGUAUUCAACGGAUUCCCCCUACAGUCCAUUAGGAGGCGCCACCCACUCCAGCAAUGAUCAAGCUGAAACAGAGUUAGAACGCUACCAGGCUCAGGGAUCAAAGGAGGCAAAUUCUAAAUGAUGUGGAUUGAUGAGGAAAUAUAGUGUUUUUCAUAUUAUUAUUGUUGGUUUAUUAAAAACAACCAAAGGCUGAAUUGUGUUUAAAAAAUUCAAGAGAUACAUAGAAAAAAAUAAAAAUAUUAGAAAUAAAAAUAUAAACAUAUCCAAGCCUUUACAAAUAGGCCAAUACAUACAUGACUAAAACAAUUUAAAAAGUUUGUUGCAAGGUCUACAAGUUGAAGAACGAAAAUUAUGACGGAAAAAAAAGAUUUACCGGGGCAACUAAAAAUUACUGACCAAGGAGGCCAGCACACUAAACAAAACAGCAGAAAAAUGUUUAGAUUAUAGCGUUGAGAAGUCUGGUCAAAGAUUGGAUCGGAAUGUGUGUUAUACUCGUUAGCUCUACACAUGAGCGUGAUGUUUGUUUGUAUUUUUGAGGUCCCUGUUGCAAAUUUCCAUCUAUUGCAUUGUUGCAGUACCCGCUGCUAA